GAUGAUAGUGAUGGAAUUCCGUGGUCAGAGGAGAGGGUGGUACGAAAAGUCCUUUAUUUGUCCCUAAAGGAAUUCAAGAAUGCACAGAAGAGGCAGCAUGAUGGCAUUAAUGGCAGUCUCAAAGGGGUAAAUGGACUCCUUGGUAAUGGCCCGUCUAAAGGAUUAAGGCCAGGAUCUGACCAGCUAGAGAAUGAGAAGGAUGAUGCAUCACAAGUAUCCUCAACUUCCAAUGAUAUUAGUUCUUCAGAUUUUGAAGAAGGGCCCUCAAGGAAAAGGCCAAGGCUGCAAGCACAAAGAAAGUUUGCUCAGUCUCAGCCAAACAGUCCCAGCACAACUCCAGUAAAGAUAGUGGAGCCAUUAUUGCCCCCUCCAGCUACACAGAUCUCUGACCUCUCCAAAAGGAAACCUAAGACAGAAGAUUUCCUUACAUUUCUCUGCCUUCGAGGUUCUUCUGCCCUGCCCAGCAGCAUGGUAUACUUUGGAAGUUCUCAGGAUGAGGAGGAAGAGGAGGAAGAUGAUGAAGAAACUGAGGAUGCAAAAGUGACCACAAAUAACGCUUCAUCUUCAUGCCAGUCUACUCCUAGGAAAGGGAAAACACAAAAGCAAGUUCCUAAUGGACAUGUCUUCAAUGGAUCCAGCAAAUCAGUGAAAGAGAGGGAGCCUGUUCAGAAACACAAAGUUAAAGACUCAGUGCCAGCAAAGGAACGAAACAGUGAACACAGGUCUGAGAGUCGAAAGGACCAGUCUGCUGCUAAUCACCAUUCUUCAACAAACACGGGCUUUUCCACAAAAGGGCUCACUGCUAACAACCACCACACCCUUCACCAAUCGGCUCAGGAUUUAAGGAAACAGGUUUCAAAGGUCAAUGGUAUCACUCGAAUGUCAACUCUGAGUGCAAAUACAGCCAGUGCCAAAAAGAUGAGAGACGUCAGACCUUCACCGUCCAAAACUGUGAAGUACACUGCAACAGUGACUAAGGGAACUGUCACAUACACCAAAGCCAAGAAAGAACUGGUCAAGGAAACCAAACUAAAUCACCACAAACUCAGUACACCUGUCAACCACACAAUCUCAGGGAAAAUGGAAAGUAGCAAUGCAAAAACCCGUAAACAGGUGCUAUCCCUUGGAGUGGCCAAGCCCAACAAUACAGCUAUUAAUGGUGUCAAGGUCAAUGGCAAGUUGAACCAAAAGUCAUGCACUAAGGAGGUAGGGAGGCAGUUGAGGGAAGGGCUGCGCAAUUCAAAAAGGAGGCUGGAAGAAGCAAACCAUAUAGACAAAAUACAGUCACCUGUCAAGAAAGUGAAAGGGGCCACAUAUGUGACUGAAACCCCAAGCAAAAAAGCACCAUCUGUGGAAAGACCUUUGCUGAAUGGCCAUGUGAAAAAGCCUGGAAGUCAGGAGGUGCCACAAAAAAGUCUGGAAAGGAAUAGGCCGAAAAGAGCUGCUGCUGGGAAGAACACGCCAGGGAAACAAGCACAUAGCAAAACAGAAAAUGCCUCCUGUGAACAUUAUUCUACCUCUCAAACAGAGUCCUUGCACAAGCCACACGACUCAACAGGGAAGCACGAGAAAGGUAGCAUCAAGUCUGGGUGGGCCAUGAUGGAAGAGAUUCCUAUUCUCAGGCCUUCCCCCAAGGAGUUCCAUGACCCAUUGAUAUACAUUGAGUCAAUCCGUGCUCAGGUUGAGAAGUAUGGGAUGUGCCGGGUGAUCCCUCCUCCUGACUGGAGGCCUGAGUGCAAGCUGAAUGAAGAGAUGCGGUUUGUGACCCAGAUCCAGCACAUUCACAAACUCAGCAGGCGCUGGGGGCCCAAUGUGCAGCGUCUGGCCUGUAUCAAGAAGCACCUCAAAUCUCAGGGCAUUACUAUGGAUGAGCUUCCACUCAUAGGAGGCUGUGAGCUAGAUUUGGCCUGCUUUUUCCAGUUGAUCAAUGAAAUGGGGGGUAUGCAGCAGGUGACUGACCUCAAGAAAUGGAAUAAGCUGGCAGAUAUGCUGCGUAUCCCCAAAACUGCACAGGACAGGUUAGCAAAACUGCAGGAAGCCUAUUGCCAGUAUCUACUCUCCUAUGAUUCCCUCUCUGCUGAGGAGCACAAGAGACUGGAAAAAGAAGUCCUCCUUGAAAAGGAGAUUCUAGAAAAGCGGAGGGGUCCUUUGGAAGGACAUUCAGACAACAACUAUGAAUUCCAGUCUCUGCCCCGCUACGAGCCCAAAAACGGACUCAUCAAUGGCAUUGUUCAUAAAAAUGGCUUCCGGAACAAAGCAAAAGAAGUUGAGGUCCCUCAAAAAACAGGUAGGCGGCGACUCUUCUCUCAGGAAAAGGAGACCACAGUGGAAGAAGAAGAAGAGGUUGGUGUUCUUUGUGACCUCCACAAGUGUAUAUACAAGGGAAGGUCUGUUUCUUUAACAACUUUUUACCGAACAGCAAGAAACGUUAUGAGUAUGUGCUUCAGCAAAGACCCCACAGCAGCAGAAAUAGAGCAAGAAUACUGGAGAUUAGUAGAACAGAAGGACUGCCAUGUAGCAGUGCACUGUGGGAAAGUGGACACCAAUACCCAUGGCAGUGGCUUCCCUGUGGGUAAAGCAGAACCUUUUUCAAGGCAUGGGUGGAACCUAACAGUCCUUCCUAAUAACACAGGAUCCAUCCUGCGACAUCUUGGUGCUGUGCCUGGAGUGACAAUUCCUUGGCUAAACAUUGGCAUGGUCUUUUCUACCUCAUGCUGGUCUCGAGACCAAAAUCACCUUCCAUAUAUUGACUACUUACACACUGGUGCUGAUUGCAUUUGGUAUUGCAUUCCUGCUGCGGAGGAGAAAAAACUUGACAAAGUGGUACAUACCCUAUUGCAAGCCAAUGGCACUCCAGGACUGGAAAUGCUUGAAAGUAAUGUCAUGAUCUCCCCCGAGGUAUUGUGCAAAGAGGGGAUCAAGGUGCACCGUACUGUACAACACAGCGGGCAGUUCGUUGUCUGCUUUCCAGGAUCUUUCGUGUCAAAAGUAUGCUGCGGUUACAAUGUCUCUGAAACUGUGCACUUUGCUACCACCCAGUGGACAAGCAUGGGUUUUAAAACUGCCAAGGAAAUGAAGAGGCGACAUAUACCCAAGCCAUUUUCAAUGGAAAAGCUGCUGUAUCAGAUUGCGACAGCUGAGGCCAAGAAAGAAAAUGGGUCUGCUCUGAGUACAAUAUCGGCUCUUCUGAGAGAGCUCAGGGACACAGAAUUGAGGCAGCGGCGGCAGCUAUACGAGACCGGUCUCCAUUCUUCAGCUCGCUAUGGGAGCCAUGACAACAGCAGCACGGGAGUGGAUGGGAAGAAAAAGCCUCGAAAGUGGCAGUUAGAGACAUCCGAAAGAAGGUGUCAGAUAUGCCAGCAUCUCUGUUACUUAUCCAUGGUUGUACAGGAAAAUGAAAAUGUUGUCUUCUGCCUCGAAUGCGCCCUGCGACAUGUAGAAAAACAGAAGUCUUGUCGUGGAUUGAAACUAAUGUAUCGUUAUGAUGAGGAACAAAUCAUCAGCUUAGUCAAUCAAAUUUGUGGAAAAGUAUCUGGCAAGAACGGCACCAUUGAGAUCUGUAUCAGCAAGCCUACACCAAAAAGAGGGCCUCGCAAGAGAGCAACCCUUGACGUGCCAUCAUCAAGACUUUCAUCCUCCAGUUCAUCCAAAAGUGCUUCAAGUUAAUCAUGAAGAUGCCAACUCUCUCUCUCUCUCAUUUUGGUCAAUUUUAUAUAUAUUUUUUGUAAUUAUAUCAUAGUUUGGAGUAUUGCUGUAGAUUACAAGCUGUCUUUGCACUAGCUCUACAGAAGAUUUUCUUCUGGUUUUAGAGAACUAAUUUUGAUUUAGCAUUAAACUGUUGAAUUUUAUUUUUAUUUUCUACUUAGGAUAGUUUGAUACAGCAGGAUUUUUUUUAACUGCUGUACACACAUUUUUUUUUUGAUAGCAGCAAGGGAACUGAUAAAAUUUGUUUUUUGUCCCACUGCCUGAAAACAAGAAAAGGCCUUUCUCCCCCCCCCCCCAAUUGUGAAAAGGCUUUUAAAUACCCCUUCUUUUAUUUUUCUGGGUAGGUUGAAUUUUGGUGCGUUUUAUAAUUUGUUCUCCAAUCACGUCAGCAGAUUUUUUUUUUCUAUAGUGAAAAAGGGGGGGGGGGAUAGGAGGCAAAACUUGAAAGAAAUUGCUAUACUUUUGGCUUGUGUUCCGGAACAGGCAAGAUAAAGUUUUGUACCUUUUAAAAUUGGAGAAUUCACACUUUUAUUUGAGAGGUUAUGGCAGCUGAAGAUGGACUUAGUUUUCUAAUCAUAGGCAAAUGGGAGAUUUGGAGAAAAUGUUCUCUGUUACCAGCACUUCACUAUGCAUCUGUUCGAGGAGGAAAUGAAAGAAAGAAAGAAAAAAAAAGACUGCCUGCCUUGUGGAGGCAUGUGAGCGAAAAACUGUGCCUGAUUUCAUUAGGAAAUCCAUUCUGGGUUGUUGUGGUUUUUUUGGUGCUGUUGUCUACUUUAUCAAAAACCCUUCAAUAGCAUCCUUGAAAAAUGAUUGAAGCCAUGCUUCUUGUCAUAGACGUGCAAUCUUUAACAUUCCAUUCUCAUUCCACUGCUGUUUUUAAUCUUGUCACAGUCAGCAUUAAUUUUGUUUUGUUGUUAUAUGAUCACAUUUAGAGCCACUAGCACGUUUGCAUACUUCUUUUGAAUGUGAAAAUGCAUUUGCUCCCAUCUUGUCUAUUUUUUUUUCCUUUCACGUGUAACAAAAAAAAAAGUAUCAUAACUUUUGUACAUAAGCCUGUAAAUUGUUUUAAAUACUUGAGCCUUUUCUUGGGAGGGUGGGAAAGGGUGGCAAAGAGACAAGAUGAAGAAAAGCCUUACGUUUCACUUUCUUCGUCGGUUGGAUUGGAUGCUUACAGGGUUUUUCUUGUAACAUUUAUAAGUGCUGCUUACAUCACUGAACAACAACAAAAAUAAUAAUGGAGUAGUUGUUGCCCUUUUCUGGUUGUGUGUACAGUAUGUGUGGAAUAAAAAAGGGAAAGUUUUCACAAA